AAGUCCCUGCUCCCGGUCACCUGACCCGAGGUCAGCCAGACAUGGCGUCUUGCUUGCUGGCAGGUGAGCGACUGGUUCGCGCUUUGGGCCCCGGUGGGGAGCUGGAGCCAGAGAAGCUGCCCCGGAAGCUGCGGGCAGAACUUGAAGCUGCGCUAGGGAAGAAACACAAGGACGGUGAUUUUUCCAGUGGCCCCGCUCGCCUGGUUUCCUUCCGACUGAUCCGAGAUCUGCAUCAGUAUCUGAGAGAGAGUGGUUCCACACUAUACCUUCAUGAGCUCCUAGAAGGCAGUGAAAUCUAUCUCCCAGAGGUGGUGAAGCCUCCCAGGAACCCAGAGCUAGUUGCCCGUUUGGAGAAGAUUAAGAUACAGCUGGCCAAUGAGGAAUAUAAGCGGAUCACAUACAACGUCACCUGUAAGGAUUCAAGACAUGGUGGGACUCUUAGUGAACUGGGAAAGCAAGUGAGGUCAGUGAAAGCUCUGGUCAUCACCAUCUUCAACUUUAUUGUCACGGUGGCAGCUGCCUUCGUCUGUACUUACCUUGGAAGCCAGUACAUCUUCACAGAAAUGGCCUCACGGGUACUAGCUGCCUUGAUCGUGGCCUCUGUGGUGGGCCUGGCCGAGCUUUAUGUCAUGGUGCGGGCAAUGGAAGGCGAGUUGGGAGAGCUUUAACCUGAGGGUUCAUCAUCAAAGUCUGGAGCCGGUUUUGGGAGACUCCAAGCUCCCAGCUGCCUAUCACUGACUCAGUCCACCUGUCAGGCCCUUUGUCUACAGCUCUGGUUAGUCAGAGGGCCAAGCCAAGGCCACAUGCUGUUCGUGCCAGAGCCCCAACCUCUGUCAGUUUCCAGAGAGGCAGUAAAGGAGAGUCAGACGACAACUGAAAAGAACUGGUCUUUCAGUUCCUUCUCCUGAACCCAGUGCCUGUCUGCGUUCUGUAGUCCAUCUGGGCUCUCCCAAGGCUGGGUUUUUCCCCAUCAGGAGUAAAUAGAAUCCAGGUCUUCCCAGAAGUGAACCACAUUGCCUUGAACUUCCCCAAGUGUACAAAUUGAUGGUCCCCCUUGCUCCACACACCCUUGAGGCAGACCUGUAAUUUAGAUCAGUAACCUCCAAAACAGAAAGGAUUGCCUUUCUAAAAGCCAGUUUGUGUCAGAAGAGGAGCUGAUCACAGGACAUCAAAUGAGAGAAAGACAGGUUGGUACAGGAUGCUGAAAUUGGGAGCUAGGCAGCUACCUUUCCAGAAUCUUAUUUUCAGUCUUCAUCCUCUGCUCACCUUUUUCAGAUUUUCUGUAUAUUUCUGCCUGUCUCUACCACUCACCAGCCCUCCUUAAACUGCCCACCUUUCCAUCACCCUUUGCUCUGCCUCCGAAAAUGAAAACAAUUUAGAUGGCAAAACAGUAUGUGUGCUUUUAAUUGAAAAUCUCUUGUGCUGGUGUGUGUUGGUGGCAAGAGUAUGCCUACUGUAGAUUGUCUCAGCUAAUACAGGGAGACGUUCUUUGUAGAUAGGGACUGUUUCCAGAUUUGACUGUAUAUGUGGACAUGAAUAACUAUACACAUAAAUACAUAAACAUAACAUGUUAUGAAUAUGUAUACAUGUUAUUGUAUGUAAGCCUAAUGGAGGUUAUUUUAUGUAGAUUCUUAAAAUGUCAGAGUUUGGGGAAGUGUGGGAAGUAGAUUGUAAGUGUGCACAGUUGAGCAGUUGCUUUACGUGAUUACUCUUGGUCUUCAUAACAAUCCUGGAGAUUGGAAGAGGAAACGGCUUUAGGCCCCUUUUCCCUGAAGACAGAACUGAGGCUGAGAGAGAUCAGGUGACCAGCUGUGGUCCUUCCUCUGUGAAAUGGAGCCAAAGACUGCUAAGUGGUGUUGAAGUCCCCGUGUAAUGUUAAACUUCCAAGAACUUAAAUUAGUGGUGUACUGAUAGAAUCUGUGUAAAGGUCCUUAGAAACUGUCAGUAAUAGCUUUUUAUCCAAUAAAUAUUUAUUGUGUCCAUUGUA